AUGUGGAUUCAAGUUCGCACGAUGGAUGGGAAGGAGACCCAUCGGGUGGAUAACCUGUCCAAACUCACUAAGGUUGAUGAGCUUCGCUUAAAAAUCGUGGAGCUGUUCAAUGUGGAGCCAGACAGGCAGAGGCUUUUCUAUCGAGGAAAACAGAUGGAAGAUGGCCACACUAUAUUUGACUACAAUGUUGGCCUGAACGACAUAGUGCAGCUGCUUGUCAGGCAGAAGGCCCCCGCUGUUGACGUCGUCAAAAGCAAAGACAAAGAAGCCGAGCUCUCCGACUCGGAUUCUGGCUGCGGCUCAACCCAGAGCGAGUCUGACAAGAACUCGACCCAUGGGGAGGUCGAGGGCCAAACCGCUGGAACCUCUGCCCUUACAAACACACAGGAGCUUGUCUAUCCUGGUUUUGGAUUUUACAAGAUCAAUGAGCUGGUAGAUGCAAGAGACUUGAACAUGGGAGCAUGGUUUGAGGCCCAGAUUGUCAAUGUCACCAAAACAGCAAAGACGCCCAAAGAAGAGGCCGCUGAUGGACAGACAGAAGAGGACAUCUUGUACCAUGUUAAAUAUGAAGAUUACCCAGAGAACGGUGUGAUUCAGCUACUGGCCAAAGAUGUUCGCCCACGAGCCCGUACCGUCUACCAGUGGCAUCAGCUGGAGCCUGGGAUGGUCGUUAUGGUCAACUAUAAUCCCGAUGAUCCCAAGGAGCGUGGCUACUGGUACGAUGCCGAAAUCCAGAGGAAGCGCGAGACUCGCACCAUCCGAGAAAUCUACGCCAAGAUCAUCCUUGGCGAUGCAGGUGACUCCCUUAAUGACUGCCGGAUCAUUUUCAUAACUGAAAUCUAUAAAAUCGAGGAGCCCGGUUCUUUGAGUGACGCUCCAGCUGGAACAGAAAGCCCGUUAAAAAGAUCAAAUGGGCCUGAAUGUAAGCACUGCAAGGACGAUGUGAAUAAAAACUGCCGUUGGUGUAACUGCCACAUCUGUGGCAUCAAACAGGAUCCUGACAAGCAGCUGCUGUGUGAUGAGUGCGACAUGGCCUAUCACACAUACUGUCUGAAUCCUCCACUGACCUCUAUCCCUGAAGACGAAGACUGGUAUUGUCCCGGUUGCCGUAACGACAGCAGUGAGGUUGUUCUGGCUGGAGAAAAGCUAAAGGAAAGCAAGAAGAAGGCGAAGAUGGCUUCCGCAAGCUCGUCUAGCCAGAGAGACUGGGGAAAGGGAAUGGCUUGUGUGGGUCGAACCAAGCAGUGCACCAUUGUCCCAUCCAACCACUAUGGUCCGAUUCCAGGUGUUCCUGUCGGUUCUCUCUGGAAGUUCAGAGUGCAGGUGAGUGAAUCUGGUGUUCACAGGCCUCAUGUUGCUGGGAUCCAUGGGAGGAGCAAUGAUGGAGCAUACUCCCUGGUUUUAGCAGGAGGCUACGAAGAUGAUGUGGAUGAUGGCAACGAGUUCACUUAUACCGGCUCAGGAGGGCGAGAUCUGUCUGGGAACAAGAGGACAGCUGAGCAAUCAUGUGACCAGACCCUGACCCACAUGAACCGGGCUUUGGCUCUCAAUUGCAAUGUUCCUGUUAAUGACAAAAACGGCGCAGAAUCUAAGAACUGGAAACAAGGAAAACCUGUCAGAGUGGUGCGCAACUGCAAGGGGCGCAAACACAGCAAGUACUGCCCUGAGGAAGGAAACCGGUAUGACGGGAUUUACAAGGUGGUGAAGUACUGGCCCGACAAAGGCAAGUCCGGCUUCUUGGUGUGGCGCUACCUGCUGAAGCGGGACGAUGAAGAGCCAGCCCCGUGGACCCGGGACGGGAAGGAGCGUGUCAAGAAACUGGGUCUUGUCAUGCAGUAUCCUGCUGGUUAUCAAAAGGAAAAGGAGAACAAAAACGAAGUAGAGGAGGAAGCGACACCCAGCAAGGCAAAGAGGAAGAGGAAAUCUCAGGGCAGCGAAUCUAAGACCUCACCUGCCAAAUCUCCCAAGAAGAUCAAAGUGGAAGCAUAUAAACUUUCACAGGAGCAGAAAUCCCUCAUUAAGAAAGACCAGCCUAACAAGAAGCUGUGGGAUGAAGCAAUGGAGUCACUGUCACUUGGACCGAAAUUUCUGAGCAAGGUUGAAGAGGUUUUCCUUUGCAUUUGCUGCCAAGAAGUGGUCUAUCAGCCUGUGACAACAGAGUGCCAACACAAUGUCUGCAAGGAAUGCCUCCAACGGUCCUUCAAGGCAGAGGUUUACACCUGCCCAGCCUGCAGACAUGACCUGGGCAAGAACUACUCCAUGUCUGUCAACCAAGCUCUGCAGGACAUUCUAAGUCAGCUUUUCCCUGGCUACAGCAACGGGCGAUGAUCAUCACUCCCGUCUACUCGGCCCUAAAAAAAAAAAGCAAUGAAACCUGUAACGGGAACUACCAGUUGAGGCAAUAAAGAUUCAGCUUCCUUUAAUAUAUUUUCUAUGAAUAUAAAGCUACAGUUUUUGUGGGUAAAAUACAACCAUUAUUACUGUUGAGCUCCCAUGCCCACCUAACAUUCAUUGAGAAUCUUUUUCUAGAACUGUCCAUAUAAUUACCUUUUUUUUUCAAUGGCAUUCUGGAUUAACCCUUUAUAUUUUAACUACUGCUAUAUUCCUAAUUUAAAUUUAGCCUUUUUUGCCAGUAAUUCCUCUGUUUUUGACGUUCAUUGAAGAGUUUAUCAACCCCCCAAAUAUUUCUAAAGAUCCUAAUCUCCUAUUGUAAGAUUUUUGAUUUGUAUAAGGUUUUUUUAUCAUUCAACUGCUUGUGGUCGGUAA